GUCUGAUUUUUGCAACUGGAAGAGAUUUUAUUAUCCUGUAAGCUCCUAUGGGGUUAGUCUACACUUUGCUUCUUUUCCUGCAAGUGACUCUAUGCAACAACUGGAAACAGACCGCUUCAUUUAUCCUAGACAAAAAUUCCAAACCUCGGCAAAUCCUGGCGAGUGGUGACUUACGGUCUGCUUUCGUUCUGCUUUACUUGGUUCCAACACGUUAUUUCUUGCAGAUGAAUUCAAGGAUGACCCAGGAACUGCAGAAAAAAGCAAUGCGUACAGGAGGGAGUCGAUCCAACGCGAAAAUGCUUUAACUCUUGAUUUGAGCUACAUUUCAUGCUCAUGAUUGCUAUGAUGUUGAUGGUACAUCAUCCCAGCAUUUUAUAUCAAGGUGUGUCAAGAGAAAAUAUCGC